UCAUUGUCCUCAGACAUGGCUGCCUGCGGCAACGCAGCCGCCGUCACCAUUAUCAAGCGUGCGGUGGGGCUGGAAGCCGACAGCAAGUACCAGCAAGCCCUUGUGUGCUACCAGGAGGGGCUCGAUAUGCUCUUGCAGGAAAUCCGGAGCACCAAAAAUGAUGCAAAGAAAAGGAACCUCAGACAAAUAAUUGAAGUCUACAUGAAGAAAGCUGAAAAUCUAAAGAAAUACUUGGAUCAAGAAAAAGAAGAUGGAAAAUAUCACAAGCAAAUUAAAAUCGAAGAGAAUGCAACAGGUUUCAGUUAUGAGUCACUUUUUAAAGAAUACCUUAAUGAGACAGUGACAGAAGUGUGGAUAGAAGAUUCUUAUAUUAGACAGCCACAUCAGGUGAAUAACUUUCUUCGAUUUUGUGAGAUGCUUAUUAAGAAAUGUAAAGUAAAAACUAUUCAUCUUCUCACGUCUCUGGAUUCUAGCUGUGCAGUCACACAAAGGAGUGGUCUUGAAGAAAUAAAAGCAUCACUCAGAAAUUACGGAGUGCUAUUGGAAAUAGAAUACUCCUCUUCAUUACAUGACCGAGAAAUUAGGUUCAAUAAUGGUUGGAUUGUUAAGAUUGGCAGGGGACUUGAUUAUUUUAAAAGGUCCAAGGGUCAAUAUUCCCUUGGGAAUUGUGAUCUCGACUUAAGACAAUGUCAUGAAACAACAGUGGACAUUUUUCAUACCAAGCAUACUAAAAAAAUAUGAUGGUUAGUGGUUUGUUUACAUUUUUAUUGUAAAUAUAUAUUAGAUUUUUCUUUGACCAAA